AUGGCUUGUAGCGGUUGCUAUUCAGUGAAUUUCAUGGCCGUAUCCUCCAAUCCAAACAAGCCCUUAACUUCAUCUACUCUCCUCACUUCAAAAUUAUCUUCAUCCUACUCGCAAAUCCCCUUUUCCUCUUUGAAUUUUAAUUCAAAAUUAUCCCGAAUCCAGUUGCAUAAAUCAAACACUGCUCCAAAUUCUUUCGUUGUGGUGUCUGGGAUUAAGGCAGAGCCAUUGAAAGUAAUGAUAUCAGGAGCUCCUGCUUCUGGUAAAGGAACCCAAUGCGAGCUCAUUACUAAGAAGUACGAUUUGGUGCACAUUGCGGCUGGAGAUCUUCUCAGGGCUGAAGUUGCUGCUGGGACAGAAAAUGGGAGGCGAGCGAAGGAAUGCAUGGAGAAGGGGCAGUUGGUCCCAGAUGAAAUAGUUGUCACGAUGGUCAAGGAGCGUUUGUCACAACCAGAUUCUCAAGAAAAAGGCUGGCUUUUGGACGGAUAUCCAAGGAGCUCGUCACAAGCGACUGCUCUUAAAGGAUUUGGCUUCGAGCCACACAUUUUCAUUCUUCUUGAUGUCCCUGAAGAGAUCCUAGUUGAGAGAGUAGUUGGCCGCAGACUAGAUCCCGUCACAGGGAAAAUAUAUCAUCUAAAGUAUUCUCCCCCUGAAACUGAAGAAAUUGCUGCUAGGCUUACUCAACGCUUUGAUGACACCGAAGAAAAGGUAAAACUGCGUUUGCUCACACAUAACAAAAAUGUGGAGGCCGUGCUUUCAAUGUAUGAAGAUGUAACAGUCAGGGUGGAUGGAAGUCUUUCCAAGGAGGACGUAUAUACCAAGAUUGACACCGUGUUGAGAAAUGUACUUGGACAGAGGCAGGCUGCAAUAGUUUUACUCGUGUUUCCUUGUGACAUGUUUGGCAUAUCGACUGCCUAG